UAAUUCGUUUCCGAUUCCCCGCAUUGGUUCACCGGUUGUAUCGGGAAGGCGUCGCCGACAUCUGGUUCUUUGCUUCUCUCCUACGUUUCCCCGCAUUGGCUGAGUUGAUCGGCUGCUACACGUCUUCCGUCCGCACCUGCUCUGAUCUAGUGCCGACGAUCGGCGGUGGAGUCCAUGGCGCAGCGAUCGCCACGACGAGUCCCGCUUCUUCCUCUCAGGCGACAUCAGCCUCCCGAUCGCCUUCCGCGUCCUCCACGCAGGCGCCGGCGACGCUCGCGCAUUGCUACAAGGUGCCAACUCACGCGCGCGCCACAGUCGGCCGCCCCUGCCGCAGAAAAUAAAUCUCACAUCCCUUACUAGUGGGCCCCACGCUGCAACGGUAAAGUCCAAAUCAGAAGAUGCGCUCAGCCUUCUACUCCGCUGGCUGCUGCCACCGGGGAAUUCGCCGCCGCCGGACACCACAGCAGUGACGCCACUCGUCCUCCCGAGCGUUCGAGCCCAACGGCUACUUUUGACCCGCUCCCCCUACUUAAACGCACCCCGUGCCGUCGCCUCCUUCCCCACCCGACCCGACCCACCUCCCUCGCGCUCCGGGACUGACAUCGCCGCGUGCUUGCUGUGCUUGCCUGUCUGGUGCUGUUUUCUCUCCUCCGACAAUGGCGUCGAGGGCGGCUCUCCUCCUCUGCGCUUCGGUGGUCUUUGCUGUGGCGGCGUGCUCGGAGGCCAGGGACUUCGUGGUCGGCGGCGCCAGCGACGGGUGGAAGGUGCCGGCGCAGCCCGACGCGCUCAGCAAGUGGGCCUCGGCUAACCGCUUCCACGUUGGAGACAACCUCGUGUUCAAGUUCGACGGCGCGGCGGACUCGGUGCUGGAGGUGUCCCAGGACGACUACAACGGCUGCAGCACGGCGACCCCGCUCGCCAUCCACAAGGCAAUCACCGGCGCCGCCACGGUGCCGCUGCCCCGCUCCGGCCCGUACUACUUCGUGAGCGGCGCCCCCGGGAGCUGCGCCAAGGGCCAGCGCCUCGUCGUCGUCGUAAUGUCCGAGAAGCACGGCCGAAGCCACCAGCGGGCCUUCUUCGCGCCGGUGCCGCCCCCCGCGCUCGCUCCUGCGCAGUCGCCGCUGGCCUCCGGGCUCGUUGAGGGCCCUGCCGCUGCGCCGGCGCCGUUGACCGGGGCGGCAGGGAGGACGUCUGCGGCCGCGAGGAGCGGCGCUCUGCUUCUUCUCGGCGCCGCCGUUCUUGGGGCCGUGUUGGUUGUUGGGUGGUAGUCGAAGUGUGGAAAGCUUUUCGUGUGGUGUUGGGAGAUUCUUUGAUUCGUCCUUUUGCUCUUAAGCCUAAAGAGGGAAAUAAUCUGCUUCUUCUGUCUGUAGAACAAGAGAGGUUGUUUCUGUCAAAGGAUCAAUCAUAAAUGGAUAAUUGACAGAUUAUGACC